AUGAGAAAGGAAAAAUAUAACAGAGCAAAAGGAUGGCUCGAGUAAUAGCACUGAUAGAUAAAAGGUUAGUAGAAAAUAUAGGAACAUAGAGAACCUAAGUGAGAUGAAUGCUCAAGGUAACAACAGUAUUACUAUCUAUUGAACGAAGAAGUUCGACCAUCGAUAAUGAUAACUAGUGGAAGAUGAGGGACACAUUAGUACAAUGAUAAAAUAGUGGAUAUACUGGUCAUGUGGGUGAAGGCCUUUGAGUCAAUCAUCUAUGGUGAAGAUAAAGAUGUAAGGAGAGCAUGUGUACCUAAUGUGAAAGGAUUUGAAAGUGAGGCCAGAUUGGUUAAAGAAUGAGCCAUGGUACCACAAGAGUGACAUAAUGCUUCAUAUUCGGCAAAGGUUAAUGUCACCUGAAAAGUCAAAGGUGGGACACUAGACAAUGCCAAAAAAGCUUGUGACAGAGGUAGGAGAGCCAAUUGAGUAGAGUUAGGCUUCCCAAACUAUUUUAAAUAUAUGUCGAGUGGGUGGUUCUACUUGUUGUAAUAGAUGUAUGGAGGAAAAGAAUUACAGCCCUUCCCUCGUGGCAGACGGCCACUAUCUGGUCUUGAAGCAAGAGGGUCAUGUGGCGUUCAAAGAGUGAAGACAGCCAUCGCCGGAGGAGCAGAUGUGUCACUAGCAAUAAUAAGAGGAAUGCCUAUACUCACAUGAAGUGUAGUGGAGAAAAUGUGAGAGAUAUCAAGUGCCUAGUCUCCGAAAAGAAUCAUCCCACGAAUCUAAAAGGUAAUCAAUCGGUGAAGUUCACUCAGAUAGACUCUAGUAAAAAAACUCUUGACAAUAGCACUUGAAUAUCUAGAAGUCAAUGGUCAAAGGCUGAUAGAUAACAAGCUCAUGUAUUAGGGCCUAGAGAUGACCAAAAUGAGUCUAAAAUGAAGAGUCUGCCUACUUGUAGACAACAACAACUUGAAGAUCUUGACCGUGUGAUUGAUAUUCAUCUGAUUAACGUACAUGUUCCUCAAUGUUGUCUAGAGUUGUUACAUAGGACAAAUCUAAGUGAAAGGCUUAGGAAUACUCGUCACUAUACUUUGAAGAUCUAA